UGGCGUACACAUGUAAUUAUUUAAAUAAUUCAUAUAACAUGUUAAUCAUAAAUAAACUAUUAAUUAUUAUAUGUAUAAUUACAACAACUUGCACCGUACUAUUAAUUAAUGGUGAUGUCAAAUGUGGUGUUCCCGUCAAAUCACGUAUUCACGGAAGAAUGCGAAUACUUAACGGUGUGAACGCCAAACAGGGUCAGUACCCGUGGGUCGUACACAUAUCCAUCAAAAGUAAAGAUAAAUCGGGUUAUAUUGAGCACGACUUAUGUGGCGGAACCCUAAUUAAUAACAAAUGGGUUCUCACGGCUGCCCAUUGUUUUAUGUCAUCUAUGAAGGGACAGCUCAAACAAAUCAAAAUGACUUUAGGAGAGUGGGACACAACCAUUAUGUCUGAUAAUAAAAUCAAAACUUACGGCGCAAAGGUAGUAAUUCAUGAAGAUUUUAGUGACCAAACCUAUGAAGAUGACAUAGCAUUGAUUAAAAUGAACACUACGUUAGACUUUGAGCGCAAACACAAACAGUUUCGACCGAUAUGUAUGCCUAAAUCAAACCGAUAUUCCAUAACAAAUCGUAUGUGUGAAGUGAUCGGUUGGGGUAACACUAAACAGGGCGACGAAAAAGAUCCCAAAUUUGCUGAUAAACUACAGAUGGCUAAAGUGCGCAUUCAUAAGGGAAAAGACUGCCAGAAGGCAUGGAGUAACUCUGCCGGCGGCUUCUCCGCAUCCAAACAUCUCUGUGCCGGCGAUGAUGUCUAUACCUUUUGUUCGGGCGAUUCCGGCGGACCACUCAUGUGUAAGACUUCUAAAGGACGGUAUAUACAGUACGGAUUGGUGUCGUAUGGCGUACAAGAAAUGUGUGGAUCUAAAGAACCGGGAGUUUACACACGUGUAUCACAUUAUAAGGAUUGGAUCGAAGAAAAGAUUAAUAGUUAAUAAAAAAAAUCAAUUUGUUUUUGUGUUUUAUGUAAUUAUUAUUAUUAUUGUUAUUAUUGUUAUUAUUA